UCACUGAAUGCACUGAUAGAAGAAACACCCCUUGCAACAGAAUGUCGCUACUACUGUGGCUACAAUGAGGAAAUUUACUGCUGUGACGAUGGCACCAGGCCUCUGCCUCAAGAUCACUAUGACCAUCCAGGAACUUGUGUAAAUAUGGAAGAACACAUCUGCAAGAAAGAUGGCAUCUACCAAAGUGAUAAGAGUGAGAAACCCACGAUCAAGAAAUUGUUCACGGGCUCGCCAGUGGACACGCCCUCCUGCGCCUCCGACGGCUACUGCGCCGAGGACGAGAAGUGCUGCCCGACGCCCUGCGCCAAGAAGCACCUGUGCCUCAAGUACGCUUAUACCAGCUGCCGCUACUACUGCUUCUGGGCCAACGAGACUUACUGUUGUGACGAUGGUAGUUUGGAAGAACCCAGGAACCAUGACAACCACGAAGGUUCCUGCCCCAAGAUAGAGGAAGAAGAUUGCGACGGAGACAAGGAAGUUCCGAUCAAGUCUGGGAAUAACGGCGACAACCAGAAGGCCGCCGCCUGCGCCUCCGACGGGUACUGCGCGAGCGACGAGAAGUGCUGCCCGAGCAAGUGUGCGCAGCGCCACGUCUGCCUCAAGGCCAACCGCAUUGUGGAGGAGAUCGACGAGAACGGAGAAGGAGCGCAGGAACUCGAAUUUUAAGUUUCAAGUGCAACUGAUGGACGCCAUGUUCAGGGAGGAGGAGGACGGGGAGAAGGAGCAGGAGAAGGGCAAGGUGGAGGAGGAGGAAGUGGAGGAGGAGGAAGUGGAGGAGGACGUGGAGCUGGAUGAGGAGGAAGAGGAAAAAUAGAGAAUUACACACACACACACACACACACACACACACACACACACACACACACACACACACACACACACACACACACACACACACACAUACACAUACACAUACACACA